AUGCUCGCUCGACCUCUCAUGGAAACAUUACGAUUAAUAGUUUAUAAUUGGAAAUUAAAUGAAGCAAAAUUAAUACUUAAUCAUAUGGUAUUAAAUUCAAAUUCAAUUGAUAUUGAAAUGUGUACUAAUUGUGCACAAAUGAAUGUUGUCGAAGUCGGUCCUUUUUGGUUAACUCAAUAUCAACCAUCUAUUUUGAAUAACAAUACAAAUCAACAUAACAGUUGUCCUACAAAUGGGCAACACUUUUUGAUUGAAUUUAAUGUAACGUAUGAAUUUGUUUCACUACCAGCAGGUCUUAAAAAUGAACGAUGUAGAUUGUCAUAUCGAAAUAUUUAUUCACGAUUAAAUAUAACUGGAGAUAUGUGUACCUGUUUUUGUAAUCGAUUAUGUGCAAGUUUGUUUAAACAUGAAGUUAGAUAUCCAAUCGAACGAAAAGUAGUCGAUACUUCAGGACGAUUAGGUUCUCUAUAUGAUGCAUCAACAGAUACUUUAAUUGAACGACAUUCACCUCAAGAAACGAAAAGCAAACUACUAGAUGAACCCUUCGUAUGUCGACUGUUUUCAGGUAACGAGUCAAGAGAACUCAUUGAUUUUCUAAGAUAUGUUGGUUUUGAUGAUGCAAUGCAGCAAAGUAUUUGUCUACAGAUGGUCAAACCACAAGGCAUUAGUCGUCUUAUUGAAUAUAAUCAAUCUGUUAAUGAAAAUACUCGUUUUCUAUAUUAUUCUUAUAGGCAUAGAGAAGAAAAACAAAAGUGUAAAUGUCGACAAGCAAACACAACCAAUCCAGCAUUAUUAAUUCCGACUGAGUCGACUUAUAAAAUAAAGAAAAUAAUAUGGGGCAUUGAGAUUUUAUUUAUAAUACAAAUUGAAAAAAAUCAACCCAUCGACACAAUUCAUCAAAUACUUCUUUAUAUUUGUCAACAGCUUGGAAGCAACUACCUUCCAAUUCAAUUGCAUAAUAAUGAUCGACGUCUCAUCGAUCAGUUAACCAAUAUUACUGUAUAUGGAUCCGAAACGUGUGUCGAUCCACACAGUACAUCAAUGUUGAGUACUCUUACUCGAAUACAGGAUUGGCAAAGCAACUUAAACUUUCAUCAACCACUUAUAUAUACGAUGGAAAAGCUAAGAAGACAUAAUGAUGGUUCAUCAAAUUCAGAAGUUGAUCAUUUACGUCGUUCAGACGAUUUUGCUAUUACGGAAGUCAAUAUUAUAAUUAAUCCUUUAAAUAGUCGUAUUAAAAAUAUUACACAAAAUUUUCAAAAUCUGCCAAAAAGUUUUUCGAGUAUAACAUUGAAUCAAUGUUUAGAAGAUCUUCAACAACAAUAUCGUUCUGUAUUGGUCUCACAGAAUAAUCUUCUAGAAUGUUUUAGAGAAGAAGUUGUAAAUAUUCGUCGACAAUGUCAAAGGUCAAUAGUAUUAAACAAUAUCCUUAAAAAUCAACGUUACGAAUGUUUAGCUAAAACUGAAAUGGAAAAUUUUCAAAAUAUUAUUCAACAAUUGUUAAAUAAAUCAAAAUUCUUGGAGACAUUAAACGAAGAUCAAAUUCAAUACAUCAAUGCAAACGAUAUCCGUUCUAAUAAAAAAAUACUAACGACAAUUAGCGACGUUGAUACCAUACUCGAACGUACUUAUUUCAACGAUAAUGUCAUUUUAUGGUAUUCAAGUGACAAUAUGAAAUUAGAACGAGAAGAUGAAUGGAGACAAACAUAUCAAGAAUUACUUUUAGAAUUACCGCGCUGUGAACCACGAAGAAAAUUGAUCUAUGUUGAUUUUAGUGAUUUCGAACAAAAAUUAGAAUAUUUUAAGAUCGUAAGAUUUCCAUCGACAAUACACAAUGAUGAUAAGUCAACAUCUUUACCACCAAUUGAAAUUAAUGUUUUACUCAUGGGAGAAACAGGCGUUGGAAAAUCAACAUUUAUUAAUGCAUUUGUCAAUUACUUAAAAUUUGAAAAGCUCCAACAAGCUGAACAAGGUGAACCAAUUGUAUUAAUUCCAGUUUCAUUUCUCAUUACUAUUGGUGAACAUUUCAAUGAAUUUAUUGUUAAAUUUGGUGAUGUUGAUCAAAAUGAAAAUUAUGAACAACAAGGCCAAUCAGUAACACAACAAUGCAAAUCAUAUGUAUUCAACUUGAAUGAUAGAUUAUGUUUACGUUUAAUUGAUACGCCUGGUAUUGGUGAUACACGAGGAAUAAAUCAAGACGUUAAAAAUAUCAAUCAUAUAUUGACUUAUAUUAACAAUCUUUCUCAUUUAAAUGCUAUUUGUUUAUUACUUAAACCCAAUGCUUCUCGAUUAAAUAUUUUGUUUCGUUCAUGUGUCAAACAGUUAUUAACUUAUUUAACACCAAUUGGUUAUAAUAAUAUCAUUUUUUGUUUUACGAAUUCUCGAGCAACUUUCUAUGCACCAGGUGAUACUGGUUCAUUGCUACGUAAAAUGCUCAAUGAUGAACAUCUUGAUAAUAUUCCAUUCAAAAAAGACAAUACUUUUUGUUUUGAUAGUGAAUCAUUUCGAUAUUUAGCUGCAAGAAAAUGUAAUAUUGAUUUUGAUGAUUAUCAACAACAAGAAUGUCUUAAUAGUUGGAAUACAUCAGUAAAAGAAUCAGUUCGUUUACUUAAGCAUAUUCAAACUUGUAAACCAUACAAUCUAGGAGAUUGGAUGUCACCAAGAAGAACUAUUCUUGAGAUAUCAAUGCUUGCUCGACCUCUCAUGGAAACAUUACGUUUAUUGAUUUAUAAUUGGCAACUAAAUGAAGCUAAAUUAAUCGGUAAUCAUAUAGUAUUAAAUUCCGAGUCAAUCAAUAUUGAUAUGUGUACUUAUUGUGCAAAAGUUGAUAUCGUCGAAAUCGGUCCAUUUCGUUUAAUUCAAUAUAAACCAAUCAUUUCAAAAACUAGUGCAAAUCAGCAUCUUCGUUGCUUUUUCGUGGUACUCAUACCCUGUCUCAUCAUCAGUAAAAGCAAUGCGAAAGAUUGCUCUCAUACUACCACGCUUAAUCCAACCAGCACACCUAAAUCAACCAGCACACUUAUCACAACCAGCACACUCAACCCAACCAGCACAUCUAGCGCCUCGCCUGGACCUCCAGGAUGGAAUGCUAGUGAUUAUCUAUCAAACAGUGACUAUUAUCUUAACUUGACAAUUGAUCAUCCUUUCAGUCAAGAAGACAAUCUUCGUUUGGAUCGUCUUUCAUCACCACGCUUUUCUCCAGAUGGUAGCAGUAAUGCUAUGUAUUUGCGACGACAAUAUCAUAUGCCCGAUUGCAAUGGAUCGUCAACAACAUUGCAUUGGGUCGAUUUGAGAAAUCCUUUGAACGACAUAGUUGUGCAACUGACGCGACCAAUUUGGGGAGUUCAUGAUCAGCAAGUACACGAAAAGAAAACUAAUGAGUAG